CUCUCGGUGGCAGUUGAGAUCAACGGGGAAAUUGUGAAAAUGUUUAUUCUACAUAUUAUUGCUGGCUAUAUACUAUGUAGUUUACUCGGCGAUAGUCUUCAAGUGGAGCCCUCUUAUGGCACCACGGGGCGAGUGAAUCUCAGCGCCUCCUGUCCGAAUGCCUACUGCAAUUUGGAUUUGAUAAACACAAAUGAACAACACUUGGCCUAUUCCACCGAUCUGGCCAGGAAUCUGCAACAGCUGUAUCUAAGCAAUUGCAAUAGAUAUUCAUUGCCGUUGGUGCUGCUCAAUUUAACACCAAAUCUACGGACUCUGGUGAUGCAGAACUGCAGCAUUUACCACAUAACAAAGGAUGCCCUGAAGCCGGUGGCGAAUCUCACUUCGUUGCAAGUGCAACGCACUAACAUUUGGCUGCUACGUGAUGAACAAUUUGUGGCUGUGCCCAAGUUGGAGAUGCUCGAAUUGGGUUUCAAUAGCAUACACACAGUCCAUGGCCGGGCAUUGAUGGGUCUGGAGCGACUCCGUCUGCUGGGUCUGCAGAGCAAUGGCAUUGCCCAGAUAAUGGACAAGACUCUGGAUCCACUGAUAAACCUUCUCCAUCUAGAUUUAAGUGACAAUGAAAUCGAACACUUGCCAGGCGAUAUAUUCAGCAAGAAUUUAAAACUUCAGACGCUGCUGCUGAAUGGCAACCGUUUGGGUCAAUUGAUGCCACCAACUCUGACACCGUUGGUUAAUUUGCGGCUCCUGGACCUGAGUAAUUGUGGACAAUUGGAGGAGCUGCAUCUGAGCAGUGCGCAGUCGGUGCUGCUGGAAGAUAGCGGCUUGCAUAGCUUAGUCAUCGAAGGCGGCGUUAUCAAGCUGCAGGCGGGCAACAAUCAGCUGACCCUAGUUAGUAUUGGCGAUAAGAGCUCCGUCAUCGAGCUGGAUUUGCAUGGCAAUCUGUUGACUGGCAAUGAAACUGAGCGCCUACUGCGAGGCAUGUGGAAUUUGCAACGUUUGGACUUGUCGAAAAACAUAAUAGAGACAUGGCCCAUGCCAGCGAUAUUCCCCAAUACCACAGAUAUCUUUAUGCUGCCCAGUUUGACCCAUCUGAAUUUGGGUUACAACCAACUGCGAGGCUUGCCCAUGGAAUCCCCACUGCUGUCAAGUAGGCUAACCCAACUAGAUAUAUCCUUCAAUCACAUGUUAACAGCGCCAAUUCAAAACUUGGCUGCCCUUCAGAAUCUCGAACAUUUGUAUCUCGAAGGGAAUCGUUUGCAUGAGCUCGAUUACGAACUACUUCAUCAUCAGCAUGAGUAUCUCCGGGAACUGGGUCUCUAUGACAACGAAUGGAGCUUUAACUUUCUCCGCAAAAUGAUUACGUAUCUGAAUGAUCGUGGUGUCCAUUUGCCAGUGCGUAUACUCCACAGGCAAGAGAACACUACCCACACUCUGAUUGCUGCUUCAACUGGUCGUCAUUUGAUGAAUGGUGAAAGUCUACCCCAAUCCCAGGCGCAAGCAGGUGUGUCUGGCAUUCAUCCCUAUUGGACACUGCGUGAUGUAUUGGCCUUUGUCACAUUGCUGGUGGUUUUGGCCAUUCUUCUGCUACAAUUCUAUCACAUACUGGACGAUGAGGGCUGCUUGAGAAGAUUACGACAGUGGCGACGAGGCAGACAAUCGACCAUAGCAAAUGGAACGAAUGGCGCCCGACGACUGGAUGAACAGGAUUCGGAACACAGCUCAAGUGAAUAAAGUGCUAAAUUCCUACUAUGAUUAAACCAUAUAUACGGCUGAUGAUAAUCCGAUAAUAAUUGAUAGGUUUAGAUUCCUUAGUUAUAGUUCUUAAACCUAGACUUCAGUGAAUAUAAUUUCACUCACCUUAGUUAUAGCUCAUGUAUUUGAUAAUAUAAUUUGAUAAUAUAUUUGAUCAUUUUAUUUCGUUUGAUA